AUGGCGCCUUACGAGUCGCACGAGCUGCGUCGCGGCAUACAGUAUGCCAAACUCGAUGCACCUGUCGACGACGAUCUUGAAACCCCGACGCGCUUCUCCUCAGAUUCCAACGGAACGCUAGAAGAUCUCGAGGAACACGAUCCCCUCGCAUUCGACAGCAAGAUACGGCGCAAGAAGAGCAAAGGCGACCUUAAGAUACGCCGAACCUCGUACAGGGACAGGGACAACGAGUCGGCCACGCCCUUCCCAACCCGCCCAGCAAAGUCUCGCAUCGCUCCAGGGCGGUUUUGCUGCUGGCUGCUGGUCUUCCUCGCAGUGACUGUCCUGAUACUUGCGACGGGAGGAAUCUGGGCAUACAAAGUUUCGGCGCCCGAAGAUGGUUUGAGUCCGCCGUGGUAUCCCUCGCCAAAGGGUGGCACCGAUAAGGCGUGGGAGGAGAGCUACAAGAAGGCGGCUGCACUCGUCAAGCAAAUGACGUUGCCUGAAAAGGUAAACAUCACAACGGGGACAGGAUGGGCUAUGGAUCUGUGCGUGGGCCAAACUGGGCGCGUUGAUAGGCUCAAAUUCCCCAGUCUGUGUCUGCAGGACGGACCGCUGGGUAUUCGCUUCGCUGACAACAUCACCGCCUUCCCCGCCGGCAUCACAACAGGGGCGACAUGGAACAAGGAACUCAUGUACCUGCGCGGCAAGGCACAUGGAAAAGAGGCGCGGCUCAAGGGCGUCAACGUCUUGCUUGGUCCUGCAAUGGGUCCUCUCGGCCGUAUGCCAGCUGGCGGUCGUGUCUGGGAGGGCUUCGGCUCCGACCCUGUACUCCAAGGCAUUGCUGCUGCACAAACCAUCAAGGGUAUCCAAGAAGAGGGUGUCAUGGCUACCGCCAAGCAUUACAUUGCUAACGAGCAGGAACACUUCAGACAGGCAUGGGAGUGGGGCCUACCCAAUGCCAUAUCUAGCAACAUCGACGACCGCACCCUUCACGAGAUCUACGCAUGGCCCUUUGCCGACUCUGUCAAAGCUGGUGUGACGUCCGUCAUGUGCUCGUACAACCAGGUCAACUCCAGCUAUGCCUGCCAAAACUCCAAGCUCCUCAACGGCGUCUUGAAGGAUGAACUUGGUUUCCAGGGCUUCGUUCAGAGUGACUGGUUGGCACAACGUUCAGGUGUAGCGAGCGCACUUGCUGGCUUGGAUAUGACUAUGCCUGGAGACGGUCUCAGAUGGGCCAAGGGCAACAGCCUGUGGGGCGGCGAGCUUAGCAGGGCCGUUCUCAACGGCAGUGUGCCCAUCGAUCGCGUCGACGAUAUGGUCACUCGAAUUGUUGCAUCCUGGUACCAGGUCGGACAAGACAAAUGGGAAAACGACGGGCCCAACUUUUCUUCUUGGGCCAAUGAUCGCAUUGGCAAACUGCACGAAGGCAGCCCUUCGAAUCACGAAACUGGUGUAGUGAACCAGUACGUCAACGCUCAAGGAGAAGGAAAGGAGGCUCAUGGGCAUUUGGUGCGUCGUGUCGCAGCCGAAGGCACCGUAUUGGUGAAGAACGACGGCAACACGCUACCGCUAGACCGCAAAGGCUGGAAGACCGGAAAUGCAAAGACAAAGUUCCGCGUUGGUGUCUUUGGUGAAGAUGCACGUUUGCCCAAGGAAGGUAUCAACCACUGCCCUGAUCAGAGCUGCAAUGAAGGAACGUUGGCCUCAGGUUGGGGGUCUGGUGCCGUCAACUUCACGUAUCUUGUUGAGCCGUUGUCUGCUAUCCGAGAAGCUUUCGACAACGAGACUGUUUACGUCACGGAUUGGCUGGAGAAUAAACUCCCCAGCACCAAGGAGAUUCUCGAGGACCAGGACCUUUGCAUUGUCUUCGCCAACGCUGAUGCAGGAGAAGGCUACGAGCGCUACGAGAACAUUCGUGGCGAUAGGCCCGAUCUAAACUUACAAAAGGGUGGAGAUCAGCUCAUCCAGGAUGUAGCCAAAGGCUGCGGCGAAGGCAUGGGCGACGUCGUUGUUGUUAUUCACACUGUAGGACCUGUCAUCCUGGAAAACUUCAUCGACAUCAUGAACGUCCGAGCCGUAAUCAUCGCCAAUCUACCCGGAACAGAGUCUGGUAACGCAAUUGUAGACGUCCUCUUCGGAGACGUAAACCCAUCCGGCCGUCUACCCUAUACAAUCGCAAAGAACGAGGACGACUACGGUCCAGGCAGCAAAGUCAAGUACCUCCCCACACCAUCCGAUGGUCUCGCGCCGCAACAAAACUUCUCCGAAGGCCUCUACAUCGACUACCGCUACUUUGACAAGCAAAACAUCACUCCACGCUACGAGUUCGGCUACGGACUUUCCUACACCGAAUUCUCCCUAUCGUCCCUCCUCAUCGAAGCAAAGGCCCCAAAGACCCCUCUUCCCAAAGCGCGUCCUGCAGGCCUAACACCACCAACCUACUCCACCGAACUGCCCAAUCCAGAAUCCGUGCUCUUCCCCCCAGGCUUCCACAAAGUAGAACGCUACAUCUACCCCUGGCUCACCUCCAUCAGCGGCAUCAAAUCCCCCUCCUCCCCUCCCACCCCAAUCGACCCCCCAUCCCCCCUCAGCGACGCAGGCGGCGGCCCCGGCGGAAACCCCGACCUCUACACCACCAUCCUCACCGCCUCCGUGUCGCUCGAAAACACGGGCGACAAGGACGGCGCACAAGUCGUCCAACUCUACAUCUCUCUUCCCCAAAACUACAAAGAUCCCGAGACGGGUGAGGAGGUUAAUUUCCCUGUUCGCGUGCUGAGGGGUUUUGAAAAGGUGGAGUUGAAGAUGGGGGAGAAGAGGUUGGUGAGGUUUGAUAUUAGUAGACGCGAUUUGAGCUAUUGGGAUGUGGGGAGGCAGAAUUGGGUGAUGCCUAUGGGUGUGUUUGGGGUUGGGGUGGGGUUUUCGAGUAGGGAUUUGAGGGUUGAGGAGACGUGGUGA